UCUGGAAAUUGACUCAGACAUCAAAAAGCUAUCCGUCCUAGCGUUACAACUGGCUGAGAGCAUCGCCCAUCCCAACAGCAUAAUUCAGUCUAGCCAAAAUAUUUAUAAAGAGGCGGACGGGGAUCACUUACAAGACAUUCAUUGACUUCAAGGCUGCUGCGGAGAUAAGCUACUUAUUUUGUCAUCGGAACUUUUUCUUUUUUCUAGACGGGACGCGUUUUACUGCCAAGUACUUUUUAAAAAACAUUUUAAACUUUUUGUAUCACAAUGUGCCUUUUAAUUACAAUUAACAUUCUGGUAAUCGUUUCUUUGUGGGAAAUCUUUGGAAGAUAUCCUGCAUAUGCUGGGACCUGCUGGCUCCAGCAGAGUCAGGAACCUCGCUGCGACAUGGUGCUGAUGCGAGGUGUCGGCUACGAGGAGUGCUGCUCUGGUGGACGCCUGGACACCGCCUGGUCCAACACCAGCCUGCCCAUCAACGAGGUCAGCCUGCUGGGCUUCUUAGGAAUCGUGUCCUGCAAAGCCUGCAAAGUGAACUGCGAGGGCGUGGACUGUGGCCCAGGGAAGGAGUGCAGGAUGAAGGCCGGAAGGCCGCAGUGCGUGUGCUCACCUGACUGCUCCAGCUUCACCCGCAAGCAGCCCGUCUGCGGAAGCGACGGCAACUCCUACCGUGACGAGUGUGCCCUCCUCCUGGCCCGGUGCAAGGGCCAACCGGACCUGGAGGUCAUGUACCAGGGAGAUUGUAAAAAAUCCUGCUCGAACGUGGUGUGUCCCGGCACCCACACCUGCGUGACGGACCAGACCAACAGCGCCCACUGCGUAAUGUGCCGCACUGCCCCCUGUCCCCUGCCUAUGGCGUCCGAGCAGUCCAUCUGCGGCAAUGACAACGUCACCUACCCCAGCGCGUGCCACCUGCGCCGAGCCACCUGCUUCCUGGGUCGCUCGAUAGGCGUGCGUCACUAUGGCCGCUGCAUAAGUAAGACCACCCACUUCCUCAGUGCACAAAAAAGACCCACCCGCUCUCUUCACCGCACAGACAAGAGCAACCGCCCUCGCCAGCGCACAAAUAAGACCAACCUCCUCUCCUCACAGCCCAAAUAAGACCAACGCUCUACACUGCAUAAAUAAGACCAGAAGCCCCCUGCACUGUACAAAUAAAAUCAGACCCCUCUCCCUGUACAAAUAAAAUCAGACCCCUCUCCCCCACACACCUGCCCCCCCAUGUACAAAUGAGACAUGACCCACUCCUCACCGCACAUAUAAGACCAACUUCCCUCUGCACUGGAUAAAUAAGACCCUUCACUAUAAGAAUAAGACCAGACCACCCCCCCACUGUACAAAUGAGACAUGACCCACUCCUCACCGCACAAAUAAGACCAACUUCCCUCUGCACUGGAUAAAUAAGACCCUUCACUAUAAGAAUAAGACCAGACCACCCCCCACUGUACAAAAAAGUCCAGACCCCCCUUACUGUACAAAUAAGACCACCUCCCACACCACACAAAUAAGACCAACUUCCCUCUGCACUGGAUAAAUAAGACCCUUCACUAUAAGAAUAAGACCAGACCCCCCCUCACUGCACAAAUUAGACCAGACCUCCCACACUGUACAAAUAAGAUUAUCCCCAUCCUCACUGUAUAAAUAAGACCAGCUCCCCACCUCACUGGACAAAUAAGACCAGAACACCCUCCUCACUGCAAAAGUAAGACCAAUCCCCCGCCUUAGAGUACAAAUACAACUGUUUUUCCCUGGAGCUUUCCCUCGGGCUCGAGGGCCUUGCUCAUGGGCUCAACAAUGGUGCGAGCGCUCGUCCUAAGCGCAGGAUGUGACCGGCAACCUUCCAAUCACAAGCACAGAGGCCUUAACCCCCAGAGCCACACACUCCCUCUCAUCCAUCUCCUCCAUCCUCACCAGUCAGGCCACAGUCAAUAUGGGACGACAGAGUUCUCUCACGUUGUGACUUUUUACUUUUUUGGUUGACUUGUAUCCCGUGUUUUGUCCUUCAGAUGUUCCCAAGCACACUUUGGAGAAUGCGGAAAACGCCCUGUAGAAAAGCUUUCCAUUCGAGAAGAUGGAUCUGACAAGGCAAAAAUAUAUAUUUGCCUUUCAUUUUAAUCGCUGAAUUAAACAAAACCUUUCUGAGAUGCCAUAUUCUUUUGUAGUGCCUUCUAUGUAGAGCGUAAUACCUUUGAUGAGAGGAAGUGGCUGCAGAGAGCAUUUACUUUUGAGUAACACAUUUACACAUUGUUCUUAAGGCUAAAGUAAAUAAUUCCUUUUAGAUGCAUGCAUUGUGUUUUGUAACAGGGGUUUGUUUUUCACUGGGUCUGCAAAACACUUUUUAAAGAGAAAGGUUAGCAGUAGGUUUUAUCGGGAGGGAAUUGUGCAUAUUGUAAAUAAGCAUUACUGAUAUUUAUUGGAGGAAAAGUAUGAAAUUUGUUUUAUUUAUAUUUUUUCAUGUAUACAAACCACACAGAGCUAUCAUCGGCCUUCUGAGAUAUAUUUAUUGUUUUUUUUUCUUGGUUUACGUUUCCGGUACUAGACCCGGUACUAGACCACUAGAUCCGGUACCUUAUCAGCUUUACUUUGUUUUUAUUUUACCCCUGUUGCGUGUAAGACUUUGCUUCAUAAAAAGGUUCCUCUGUAAUUUACUUCAGCUGAAUUUCUGUCCAGUCUAAAAUCAUUUAUAUAUUUAGAGGCUUUUCAUCAGGAAAAAAAAUAAUAAUAAUUUAAUUUAAAAACAAAAAUCAAGGGGAUCAAAAUUCAUUCAGAACAGAAGCAGUGUCUUUUUUUGGAAGCGAUACAGAGUAGACAAAGUAUGAGCCAACACGGCAAUCUCUGUUUAGUCUGAAAGUAAAUAAAACCUCUUCGUCCUUUUAUGGUUAAGCAGGAAAAUAAAUCAGAGUUUUACACAAGCACCUACCACAAAAGCCGAGACUGUUAACGAGAGCAGCUGUUUUCGCUGAAAUCAAGAUUCCAGUCAAAUGAUUGCGUGAUGCAAAUCCCCCGAUGCUGGCCGUCUGCCUUGUGUGGCUCAGACGCUACAUUUUAUGUGGCCACUUAUUCAAUUUGCUUUUAAUUGAUCCCAAUAGUCUGUUGACCUGUUUUGUUAGUACAGUACACAUUGUUGUCGUGUGGGAUUUAAAAUUUUAAGUGUAAAAAUGAAAAUUUCCCUCCUGCUCCCGCAUGUUACCCAAAGUGAAUGCUGCUUAGUGUAUUUGUAAAUGUAUUUGAUGAAUGCAAGCAAGGCUUUAUGAAUAUUAUCUAUUGAUUUAUUGACUUUUCUGAUAAUCAGUUGUAUUGUUGAGUGACAGUAUUACUGUCACGGUAUUUAUAUGCUUCAUAUGUAUUUUUUUCUAAAUCCACAUCUUACAGUAUGUGCUUGUAAAACAGAGCUGCAAGACUUAUGUAUCUAUUGUAAGAUUUACAAUCUAUGAAUGUAUUUACUUAUUUUUAUAUUUUUGUACUUGUAUGUUAUCUCAACAUAAAAAUUGAUCUUGGUCAUUUA